GCACAGCUCCGCUCGUCACUCCUGCCCGCCCCGUCUGUUCAUCUGUCCCGCUGUCCCUCAGUUCAUCAGAGCAAGCCACUCCACCUCCGAGCCAAGAUGACAUCCGUUGCUAAGGUCUAUUACAGUCAGACGACUCAGACAGAAAGCCGGCCCCUCGUGGCCCCAGGCAUCCGUCGGAGGAGGGUCCUGACAAAAGACGGCCGUAGCAAUGUGAGAAUGGAGCACAUUGCUGACAAGCGUUUCCUCUACCUCAAGGACCUCUGGACGACCUUCAUCGACAUGCAAUGGCGCUACAAGCUUCUGCUCUUUUCUGCAACCUUUGCAGGCACCUGGUUCCUCUUUGGUGUGGUGUGGUAUCUGGUAGCUGUGGCCCAUGGGGACCUGUUGGAGCUGGGACCCCCUGCCAACCACACUCCUUGUGUAGUGCAGGUGCACACACUCACGGGAGCCUUCCUCUUCUCCCUCGAAUCCCAGACCACCAUUGGCUAUGGCUUUCGCUAUAUCAGUGAGGAGUGCCCUCUGGCCAUUGUGCUUCUUAUUGCGCAGCUUGUGCUCACCACCAUUCUGGAAAUCUUCAUCACCGGUACCUUCCUGGCAAAGAUUGCACGGCCCAAGAAGAGGGCUGAGACUAUCCGGUUCAGCCAGCAUGCAGUUGUAGCCUCCCACAAUGGGAAGCCUUGCCUUAUGAUCCGGGUUGCCAAUAUGCGCAAAAGUCUCCUCAUUGGAUGCCAGGUGACAGGCAAACUGCUUCAGACCCACCAGACGAAGGAGGGCGAGAAUAUUCGGCUCAACCAGGUCAAUGUGGCUUUCCAAGUGGACACAGCCUCUGACAGCCCCUUUCUCAUUCUGCCCCUCACCUUCUACCACGUGGUAGAUGAGACAAGCCCCUUGAAAGAUCUCCCCCUCCGCAGUGGGGAGGGGGACUUUGAGCUGGUGCUGAUCCUAAGUGGGACAGUCGAGUCCACCAGCGCCACCUGUCAGGUGCGCACUUCCUACCUACCGGAGGAGAUCCUCUGGGGCUAUGAAUUCACACCUGCCAUUUCACUGUCAGCCAGCGGCAAAUACGUAGCUGACUUCAGCCUUUUUGACCAGGUUGUGAAAGUGGCUCCCCCUGGUGGUCUCCGUGACAGCACUGUGCGCUAUGGAGACCCAGAAAAGCUCAAGUUGGAGGAGUCAUUAAGAGAGCAAGCGGAAAAGGAAGGCAGUGCCCUUAGUGUGCGCAUCAGCAACGUCUGAGGUCCUAUUCUCUCCUCCCCAGCCCUCUGGCCUUUUCCUCUUCUAGUGCCCUGGGAAAAGGAUACUAUCUGGGUCUGCUGGAGAGCCCUGGAAGCACCCAUUCCCCACUUUCCCUUAAUGCUGUGGCCUGUGAGUAGCCCAGGCCAGCUGCAUCCUGUGUUUUCCCUCUCACUGUCCCCUUGCACCUUCCUCUACUACUCCACCAAUGUACACGACUCUUAAGCCAGGACGGGGGAAGGUGAGGGAAGAUUAAGCUGAAGUGGCUUGAAAGGCCUCAGCCAUGCUUGGAAAUUCACAUUAGGACCAUGUGACUGGAUGGGUAGACUCCCCCCCAGCCACCUACUACUAGAAAGCCUGAUGACCUGUGACUGGAGCUCCUUCCAUUGGUGUCCAUCUAGUAAGUUCCGUAAAGCAGAACUCUCUCAGAGAGCCACUCUGUGGUCUAUGCCCUCAGAAACACAGGAUCUGAAAUCAGUUUUCUCUGGGCUCUCUACCAAAUCCUGAAGAAGGCAGGGUUUGUCGUGGUGUUUGAAUUUCAGCUGCUGACUCCUGACGUAACCUAGACUCUUGGUCACCACCUUAUUUUCUGUUCUCAAGUGGAUCUUCUCAGGAUGCCCAGUUCUCUCUCAGCCUCUGUUCCCACAAAGCUGGGGCUGACCUGAGACACACGAACAGCCACUACCCUUCCUGCAUCCAUUCUGGAUUCUGAGAAAUUCAAUUUUGGAACUAUUGUCUACUACUCUGAACUUGUCCUUCUGGCAGUCCUGUCCUAGAAAGAUUUGUUUUCCUGUUUCCUGUAAAUGGGAAGACCUUAGCCAAUGUGCCCCCCCCCCCCCAUUAUUGGAAACAGGGCCUCACUAUGUAGCUCUGGGCGUCCUGGAACUCACCAUGUAGACUAGGCUGGCCUGGAACCCACAGAGAUCCACCUGCCUCUGCCUCCCAUGUACAGGGAUUAAAGAUGUGAGCCCCUAAUGCUCUCUUGAAUAAGUUCAGUACCCAGCCCUCAUGAAAAUAUCUAAAAGAACUCCAGAUUACAGUGUACCUGGUUCCUCUGCUUCCUUUCCUACCAAUCUCAGAACCCUGUUCCCUUAAUCCAACCUUGUGAAGAAAGAAAAACACAAGUCAUUUCCUUUCUUAACAUCGAUCUAUUAAAACUAGUCACAGGACACAGAUUCCCCAGGAAAGUUGCACCGACUUCUCAGAUUUCCCGAUUGCUGUACAGAGCCUCUGGAAGUCUGCGAUGUUUUGUUAAGGUCUGGGCUGAAGCAGAACUCUGGCUGCCAGCCACUAUUUUGUUUCAUCUCCUGGUGCCCUUCUGAAAAGAGCCAACUAUUUUGUGAGGCAAUGCUGGGAGGAACUUACAUUCUAAUCCCAGCCAUUCUGACACUUGGCAUAAAAUGAUGAAAGUCAGUGUCGUCUCCACUCUCUUUUGCCUAUGGGUCAGUUUCAGGCAAAUUAAAAGACAACUUAAGGUCAGCCCCAAUCCAUUCCUAGCUGUUUGGUGAGGGCUGUGGCAGGGCUCAGGGAAGGACAUUAUACGCACUGUUCUGUUCUAAAGAGCAAUUACACGUGAGUUCUGUCCACUUAGGUACACAGGAAAUCCUACAAGAUAGGUUAGCAGGAAUUCUGGCAGGAAUGAUUGAUGUAAGGUGGACUUGACAAAUGAUGACCAGCUGCACAUUCAUACAGGAUGUAUGCACAUAUCUCUGCGCAAAUCCUUGCAGAGAAACCCAGAAGAUCUUGAGGCUGACCCUAUCUCAGCUGUGCCCAGUCCUCUUCUAUUGGUCUUCUUCCCUUGAAUUCAAUUAACUAGCUUGAAAAUGAAGAUCCUCCAGUCUCUCCUUACUCACCAUUAUCCUCAAACUCACAUCAAAACAAGAACCAGAAGAACCUGAAUGUCUGAAACAAAGAACAAAAGGCAAGAGCUGGCUUCUGUGCUUUCAAACAUAUUCAACACUGCACUUACUUGAUGGCAUUGAGUGUGCAGGGACCAAGUGUACUGCUGUGUGUGCAUCUUCUUGUCCACUGGCAAUUUAUCCUCUGUGUGCCUUCUUCUGCACAUCGCUGCUUCCUUCCUGAAGGAAUGACUCGCUUCCCAGUCCCUUUCCUAAGGCCCAACUCUCCUCAGAUUUUUGGAUAACAACAUGAGAAGAGAACAAUUUCUGCCUUAGCCCCUUUUGAACUUCCUCCUCAAUCCUAGGCUUUGCUCCAAGUUGCACUUUAAAAUCAUUCUGUCCUGUUCAUUCAGAAUGAUACCUUUUCCAACAAUGGAACAACUCCCAUCCCCAGCCUUAAGUGGUUCUUUAGAUCACAGCCCAACUCCCGACCUGGAUUCCUUUUUCAGGAUAUAGAAGAAGCUUUACUAGCAGCCAGGACUGAUGAGAAACAGGUUCCCUGUCUGUAUCAGCUAUAGACUUGGAAUGUCAAGAGGAUAACAGGUGCAGAUUUUAAGUGGGGUG